UAAAAAAAUAGAAACGUAUUUUGUUAAAAUAACGACGCGACUAUACUAUCUCCUACGAUAUAUUUAUAUCGGAAUAGUUUUAAUGACAUUCGAGUGCCUAGUCAGGUCGCAUGUACACUAUAUGGCGUACGAACCGAGAAAUCACCUCACAUUAUAUAUAUACGAGUAGUGUGUUCAUAUCAGUUGCUGGUUAAGAGCUUAAGUCUGAGCAAGUGUUUAAAAGUUAGUGAAUUCUAAAUACGGCGUGGUUAGUCAUUCGAGGUGUUUAACCUCAAAAUAUUUCAUCAGUGCAAAUCGUACAAAUUUACGGAGAUUACUUUGAUCAAGCGAGAAAUGGAAGGCAGCGAAGGAACAGUUAGGUUAAAGAAAGAAUCGAACAAUGUAAACGACGAUUAUAUUUUCGAUCUGAUGGACUCUGGCGAAGCUAAAAACUUUGAUACAUUCCCGGUCUAUAAAUCAAUAGCAAAUCACAGAAAUGAAGUUAUGACGUUACAAGAAAAGUUAGACAAAAAAAUAUUCAUCGAUUUCGAGUGUAAAGAUUUUAAACCUGAACUGAAUUCCUUAUCGACAACCAAUUACAAAACCGAGUCGAGAACCCAUCUACCUAUUGUGAAGAUAGAAAACCGAAUUCAGGCUAGUUACUUGGAAGAAAAAAGUCUAAUGAUUUUAAUAAGAAAAGAUUUCGAUUAUCACAAUAAUUGUUACUUUCAAGAAAAACCCGGAUUUAUGCUUAACGAAUUGGAAGAGAUUUGUCACGCAUUGGUUCGACAAAAAAAGAACCUACAAUAUCAUGUAAAUAUCGUACACAAUUGUAGAAAACCCUUCCAGUGUGAAAUUUGUCACAAAUCAUUUAGACAAAAUAGUUACCUCAAGCAGCACGUAAGCGUGGUACACAAUAAGAGCAAACCUUUUGAAUGUGAUAUUUGUCACAAAUCAUUUGGCCGCAAGUGCGACCUUAAAGUUCACAUAAUUACGAUACACAAUCUUAGUAAACUCUUUGAAUGUGACAUUUGCCAUAAAUCAUUUGGACAAAAACAACACCUCAAAACUCACUUGAAUACAGUCCAUGUUCGUAGCAAACCCUUUGAAUGUGAUAUUUGUCGCAAUUCAUUUGGACGAAAAGGUGACCUCAAACGUCACAUCAAUGGAGUACAUGAUCGGAGUAAACCCUUUGAAUGUGAGAUUUGUCACAAAUCAUUUGGAUACCAGCAUCAUCUUAAAAGGCACCAGCUGACGGUACAUAAUCGUAGCAAACCCUUUGAAUGUGAGAUUUGUCACAAAUCAUUUAGACAAAAAGUCAACCUCACAAGUCACAGCAACGUAGUACAUUAUCGUAACAAACCCUUCGAGUGUGAAAUUUGUCACAAAUCAUUUGGACGAAAAGUCAACCUCACAAGUCACAGCAACGUAGUACAUUAUCGUAACAAACCCUUUGAGUGCGAUAUUUGUCGCAAAUCAUUUGGAUAUCGGAAUGUACUCAAAAAUCACAUAAACACAGUACACGAUCGAAGCAAACCCUUUGAUUGUGAAAUUUGUCAAAAAUCAUUUGGACAGAAAAUUAACCUCAAUCAACUCAUAAUUGCAGUACAUAACCGGAGUAAACCUUUUGAAUGUGAGAUAUGUCAUAAAUCAUUUGGACGAAAAGAACAUCUUAAAACUCAUAUUAAUACUGUACAUGAUAGUAUCAAGCCCUUCAUAUGAGAGAUUUGUCAUAAAUCAUUUGGAUACAAGGGUUAUUUCAAGAGCCACAUUAAUGUAGUACAUGAUCAUAGGAAACCCUUGGAUUGUGAGAUUUGUCAUAAAAAAUUUGGACAAAAAUGUAACCUGAAUACUCACAUAAAUGUAGUACAUAUGAUUAAAAAAUCCUUUGAAUGUGAGAUUUUUCACAAAUAAUUUAGACUAAAAUAUUAAACUUGUGGCUCACACAGCGAAGGUACAUGUUCGGAGAAAAUCAUUAAAAUGUGAUAUCUUACAAAUCAUAUGGACAAUAAUGCCAUCUCAUAAAUCCCUCCAACGCAGUACAUGAUCAUAGGAAACCCUUCAAGUGUAAUAUUUGUCAUCAUUCUAAUGGAGAUAAGUCAAUCUUAAUAAGAAACAUUAAGGGAUUACAUAAUCGUAGCAAAUCCCAG